CUCGACAACCCCGACCUUUUGCUCAGACGUGUCUGUGCUCCGCAUGACAAGAACAGAGUGACAAACCGGAAGAAUGGCGUCUAUCUCCAUCGCGCGCUCUUUGUUCCGGUCUUGUCUUCAAUCUAGUGUUCGUCGUGUUCGUCAUUGCAACGCCGUCGCCAACGUAGGAAGACCCCGGCCCCUGCCUGUCGGAAAACCGGUCGCACCGGUACCAGGAGCUCGAUCGCACCGCCGCAUGUCUUGUCGAGCCGCUGAAAAUUUCGGUGGGGGUGGCGGUGGCAGCACCGCGGGGAAGCAGGUAGGGUCCGGUGGGAGCGGCGAGCCCCACAAACCAAGCGGGUCAUCAGGUGGGCUCUGGGCAUGGUACAUGAACUGCCUGGAGACGAACCCGCUGUUCACCAAAGCGCUAACUUGCGCGCUGCUCAACGCGCUUGGAGACAUCUUUUGCCAAUUUUUCAUAGAGGGCGGCAAAUGGGACAUUCGUCGGACAAGUAUCUUCACAUUUAUGGGCUUGGCGCUGGUGGGGCCCACGUUGCAUUACUGGUACUCUCUGCUCAACAGGCUUAUUCCGGCACGUGGCGCUACAGGUGCGGGUUUGCAGCUGUUGCUGGACCAGGGCGUAUUCGCCCCCCUGUUCCUGGCGACCUUCAUCUCGGUGCUCUUUACAAUUGAGGGCAAGUCGCACCUUGUGAGGUCCAAGCUUGAGCAGGACCUUUUGGAGACGGUCAAGGUCAACUGGGUGUUGUGGAUCCCGGCCCAGUACCUCAACUUCCGGUUUGUGCCGCCAAACUUGCAGGUUCUAACUGCAAACAUUGUGGCGCUCAUCUGGAAUACGUACAUGUCCUUCCAAAGCCAUAAGGCAGUUGCACAGCCUCAGCCGAAGCAUUAAUCGUAUGGGGAAUGUCGCUAUCUUUACAUAACGACACGAUGGAGUAUGCCGGUUACGAUUUACAAUUGUAAGUUAACAACGGCAAAAUUACGACUAUUAUUCGAUGUACUCCGCUUUCUCGUCCAAGCCAUUCUGCAUGCGUGUGUAAGGAAAAGCAGAGGGAUGAGUAGGUUAAUGUUUCGCGCUCGGACAUCCCCCCUCCUUCAUCGACUAUCCGCAUCUUCCAGCGGUUACCAUCCCCGCUGUCCGCAUUCCCGUCACGGACCCCAUUUCAAAUCUUACCCUAAUGUAACCCUCUGGG